AUGUUAGGCAGCUUGUCCAGACUGAUCAUAUUUGUAGGCUUCUAUAGGGGUAUAGCUCCUGGAAUUACUGGAUCUCUCGCAACUGGAGCAACAUACUUUGGUUUCAUAGAGUCCACUAAAAAAUGGAUUGAGAAGUCGCAUCCUAACCUUGGGGGCCACUGGGCACAUUUCAUAGCUGGAGCUGUUGGUGAUACACUUGGUUCUUCUGUUUAUGUUCCAUGUGAAGUGAUUAAGCAACGUAUGCAGAUUCAAGGCUCAGGAAAUUCUUGGAAUUCUGCUAUCAUGAAAGACCAAAUGCGAAUGAAUUCCGGAACACAAAUGUAUGGUUAUUACACUGGAAUGUUCCAAGCUGGAUGUUCAAUAUGGAAAGAGCAAGGACUAAGGGGAUUUAUAUGCUGGGGGCAUCUAACAGUAUGUGUUCGUAAGUGCUACAGGUCUUCAGGAUUGGAUCCAUGCAGAAUGUAUGGCUCUACACUUGCAAGGGAUGUGCCAUUUGCUGGCCUUAUGGUUAUGUUCUACGAAGCCCUGAAAGAUUUGACACAGAAAGGGAGACAAAUAUCGGCUCCUAAUUUCCAUGUUGAUAGUACUUUCUAG